AUUUUCCUUCUCCUCUCCUCCCACAAUCCUUGUCUCUGAAUCUUCAAGACAUGGAGAUAGAGCAAAAACCUAUACUAGAAGAAAAACCUAUACUAGAAGAAAACUACAGAGUUCCAAACUUUAUAGGCUCAACCAGAAUUGAAACUAGUCAUGGGAACACCAAUAUCAUUGGUACAAAUGUUUCUGAAUCAUCAAAUGAUGUUUGUCAUAGGUUGGAGUCACUGGGGAUGUUGGAGAGAGGUUGUGUGCCAAACAACAACUCUGCUGAUGAGGAAAGAUUGUCUUGGUUGCAAUCACAAAUUGUUGGUGUGGAUGCAGAGUUUGAUUCUCCAUUUGGAAGAAGAAGACUCACCUAUGCUGAUCAUAUGGCCUCUGGCCGCUCCCUUCACUACAUAGAGAAUUUUGUCAUCAACAAUGUCCUUCCAUUCUAUGGGAACACUCACACUUGUGACAGCUAUGUUGGGCGCAGAACGACCAAAAUGGUGCAUGAAGCAACUGAAUACAUUAAGAAAUGCUUAGGUGGUGGAGCAAAUGAUGCAAUCUUGUUUUGUGGAUCAGGCACAACUGCAGCAAUCAAGAGACUACAAGAGGUAAUGGGCAUUACUGUACCUUCCACUUUGAGAGAUAGGUUCCUUAAAUGCUUGAGCAACGAAGAGAGAUGGGUUGUCUUUGUUGGACCAUAUGAGCACCACUCGAAUUUGCUCUCAUGGGGGCAAAGCUUAGCUGAACUAGUCGAGAUUGGUUUGGAUGAAAAUGGGUUAUUUGACAUUGAAGCUCUGAGACAACAACUUGAGCUGUACAAAAAUGGCAACAGGCCUAUAUUGGGAUCAUUCUCAGCUUGUAGUAAUGUGACUGGGAUUUAUACCGAUACACGAGCGAUUGCGAGGCUUCUCCAUGGAUACGGAGGUUUUGCUUGCUUUGAUUUUGCAGCAAGUGGUCCUUAUGUGGAAAUUGAUUUGAAGUCUGGAGAAGUUGAUGGCUAUGAUGCUGUUUUCCUCAGUCCACAUAAGUUUCUCGGCGGACCGGGAUCCCCUGGUAUCCUCCUGAUGAGCAAGGCCCUCUAUCUGCUAAAAUCUUCUCCUCCAUCAACUUGUGGAGGUGGAACUGUUUCUUAUGUCAAUGGCUUCAAUGAGAAGGACACAUUGUACCUGGAUGACAUAGAAGAGAGGGAAAAUGGUGGCACUCCUCCUAUAAUCCAGAUAAUUAGAGCAGCUUUAACGUUCUGGGUAAAAGAUUACGUUGGUCAUGAAGUGAUUGAAAAACAGGAACAUAUCUACAUAGAGAGAGCCCUAAAGAGGCUUCUUCCAAAUAAGAACAUAUGGAUUUUAGGAAAUACCAGUGCCAAGAGACAGGCCAUAUUGUCCUUCCUUGUUUAUUCCACUUCUAAUACGUCCUCAAAUGGCGAGAGCAACGGGUGUAGUGUCAACAGCAGAGAUAAAUCAGAAGAGGGUCUUUACCUGUGGAGAGAGACGGGGAAUAACAGAGGGAAGCCUCUUCAUGGACCUUUUGUAGCAGCACUCCUCAGUGACCUAUUUGGUAUACAGGCUCGAGGAGGAUGUGCUUGUGCUGGACCCUACGGUCACCGUUUGCUCGAUGUUGAUGAUACUAUCUCACUUAACAUAAGAUCUGCCGUAAAAAAGGGUUAUCUAGGAAUCAAACCUGGUUGGGCAAGAGUCAGCUUCCCUUACUACAUGUCCAAUGAGGAGUUUGAAUUUGUUCUCAAUGCAUUGGAGUUCAUAGCCACUUAUGCGCAGCGAUUUCUUACUCUGUAUCACUUCAAUCUGAAAACUGGAAACUGGAAAUUGAAGAAAAGGGCGUACAAGGACCUCGUAGCACCAUUAGCCGGAGCUUUCGAGAUAAUAGGAGUGGAGCAAGGCAACUCCAGGAAGCCUGCAAAAACUAAUCAUUCUGAGAUAAUUGAGAAGAAUUCCCUAUAUAUAAAGACAGCGAAACAAAUAGCAAAUCUCCUCCCCAAGUUCCCACCUCAACGUAGACUACCAGAAGACAUUGAUCCCGACAUCCUGUUAUUUAGAGUUUAAUCGCCCAUACAAAUAUACCUGUUUCCCUUAGUUUAGCCCAUAUAUAAUUUGCAGUAUUCUUACCAGAUUCACCACACAGGGAGAGCAUGAGGAUCCCAGUGACCAACUUGCAAAUUUACAGUUUGAAUAACUCAAAUCAGAAAGCUUCACAUAAUCAAGUAUACAAAUUUUAUUCAAUUCAAACCCUCAUGUUUUGCAACAGAUAUAAUCAAUUCUGUUCCAGCUUU